UGUCGUUUUCAAGGUUGUAAUCUUGUUCUUAUCCUUGGUGUUAUCAUAAUACUCUUUUCUCUGAUUCUCAAAGUAUCUUCAUCUGGGUAUUGACUUUUUCCCCUUUAGAAAUGAUAGCUUCUCCAUUAUUAGCUUUAAUUUUUCUUUUUCUGAAUCCUAUGAAUGAUUCAGAGUAAUGGGUUUUAUGCUAAAGAUGCACCCAAGUGAAGAGUUGAAUCAUCUACGAGAAUAAAGACAUGGAACUGAGCUCUAUUCUGUGUCCCAUCAACUCAUACUUACCAUUUUCCAUCCCCAGAAGAAGUAGCCUCGUGUCUAGUUCUCUGAGCCACUCAAAGCAGAGCAAAGGUGUGAAAAGACUCGGUCUUGAAGUGAAAUUCAAUACUGAAAGCUCAAUUCUUGAGUGCCCAGAUCGUCUUAGAACCGGAGAAGAACUUUCAGGUGAGUCUUACAACCAUUUGAUUCGUGAAUAUUGUAAAGAAGGGAAUGUAGAUAGGGCUAUGACUCUUUUGUCUCAGUUGGAUGCCAUGGGGUUUCAUCCUAGUUUCAUAUCUUAUGCUUAUUUGAUUGAAGCUCUUGGUAGUGUUGGUAGGACAUUAGAAGCUGAUUGUUUGUUUCAAGAAAUGAGUUUUGUUGGUUUUGAGCCAAAAGUAAAGCUUUACAAUGUUUUGCUUAGAGGGUUUUUGAAGAAAGGUCUCUUAGGGACUGCAGUUAGAGUUUUGAGAGUAAUGGAGGAAAAGGGUAUUCAGAAGAGUAGAGAUACUUAUGAGAUUUUAUUGGAUUACUAUGUCAAAGCUGGUAGGUUGGAUGAUACUUGGUCUGUAAUCAAUGAGAUGAAGCUAAAAGGGCUUAGGCUAAGCUCUUUUCUGUAUGGGAAGGUUAUUGGUUUGUAUAGGGACAAUGGGAUGUGGAAGAAAGCUAUGGAUAUAGUUGAAGAGAUUAAGGAUAUGGGAAUGUCAUUAGACAGACAAAUUUACAAUAGUAUGAUCGAUACAUUCGGUAAAUAUGGCGAAUUAGGUGAAGCUAUGCAAGUGUUUGAGAAGAUGAAAGAGGAAAAUGUGAAGCCUAGUAUAACAACAUGGAAUUCUCUAAUAAUGUGGCAUUGUAAGGCUGGAGAUAUUGGUAUGGUGCUUAAGCUUUUCAAUGAGAUGCAGGAACAAGGAUUGUAUCCCGAUCCGAAGAUUUUUGUUUCGAUUAUUAGCUAUUUAGGAGAGCAAGGGAAAUGGGAUGUAAUGAGAAAGAUGUUUGAGGCUAUGAAUUUUAGAGGGUAUAAGAAAAGUGGGGUGAUCUAUGCUGUUUUGGUUGAUAUUUAUGGGCAAUACGGGAAAUUUCAGAACGCUGAAGAGUGUAUUUCGGCUCUUAAGUCAGAAGGUCUUCCGCCUUCCCCCAACAUAUUUUGUGUGUUGGCCAAUGCCUAUGCUCAGCAGGGAUUAUAUGAUCAGACACUUAAGGUGCUUCAGCUCAUGGAAGCAGAGGGCAUUGAACCUAAUGUUGUAAUGCUAAACGUGUUGAUCAAUGCAUUUGGGAUUGCUGGCAAACAUUUGGAGGCUCUAUCAAUAUAUCAACAUAUAAAAGAAAGUGGUUUGAGCCCGGAUGUUGUUACUUAUACUACACUCAUGAAAGCUUUUAGUCGGGCAAAGAAGUACGAUAAGGUACCAGAGAUAUUCAUGGAAAUGGAGUCUGCUGGAUGUACUCCUGAUAGGAAGGCUAGACAGAUGUUAAAAGUUGCUAUGAAUGUUCUUGAGCAUAGCCAAAUACAUGUCUAACUUAGACACAGACAGUUCUAGAGAAAUUUCUUUCAACACCAUGAUCAAUAUAGAAGGUCUCAGUAUAUUGAUUCAUUUGAGGUUCUGAAAUGGCCAUCGGUGGAGUAAAUUUUGUGUCGGGAUGAGUAUUGUGAUGUUCUUGGAAUAACGAGCAAGCCAAGCCAAUUCAUCGGUUAAUCAACGAGGAAGUGAAACAUUAACGACUUGAACUUGAAUUCUUCGUUCUUAGCGUAUUAUAAUGACACUCAUCUAUGUACAUUCUUAUCUCCUCUAUUUGCAUUUUUAACAAGGGGUUGAAGAUUAAGAUCUCCAUGGACAAACAUCCAAUGGACCAUGUAAGUAUAUAAUUGUUGGAGAUUCUGUCCUUUCUAGUGGAUAUUCUCUGUUUUUUUUUUCUUUAUGCCAUUGUAGCAUCUGUUACGAUUUUCAUGCUUUCUUUCACGGGCCAGGUUUUACACGGCGAAUUUUGCUGUCUGAAAGGUGAGCUCGUGACACUAUGCUAGUUCUUUCUUCCAAUCUUCAUCAUCAUCAUUUGAGUCUGAAUUAAAUCCAUUGAAAAUGCACAAAAUUAGUUAUGAUUUAAGUAAUGGAACAUUAUUUAUACUCUUACAAAUACAUACUACUGGAUUGUCACUAAUGCUACAUGUAUUUUUCUACAGAUGAAAGGACUAACUAACAUGAAUGAAAUGAAAUGAAAUGUUAGAAUAUUUUAUAUUUAAUUGUAUAUUACAUUCAACAUUAAAAGAAAAAUAGGACAUAUUUAAUUGUUCAAAGACUGAAAAAGAGCUUGUUUAUUUAUGCAGUGGUCAUGGAAUAAGGCAAUGGACAAGGUGGAUAGUCUACUUCAACAACUCCUUCAAGCAUUUGAACAACCUUCCUCAUGUUAGGUCUAACACUUGGAUUCUCUUGAAUACACCACAUUGACACCUUCACAUAACUCUCCAACUUCUUCCUAUCAUUUAAAGCAUCAACUUCAUAAUCAACAAGCAUAUCUAAUGACCCUUCUGUGAAGCAAUCAUAAGCCCAAUCUGUCAAGAUCUCUUUCUUUUCCUCACCAAUCUCCAUAUCACAAUUUUUUCUACAGCAAACAAUCUCAAGUAGUACAACUCCAAAGCUAUACACAUCGACUUUCGAAGUAAUAGACAUAUUCCUAAACCAUUCAGGUGCAACAUACCCUUUUGUUCCUCUAAUGGCUGUAUUUGUUUGGCUUUGAUUCAUCAUCAAAAGUUUAGCCAAACCGAAAUCUGAUAUCUUGGCAUUGUUGUACUCAUCCAGAAGUAUGUUCUGAGGCUUUAUAUCGCAAUGGAUGAUCUGAGUAUUGCACUCCUCGUGUAAAUACAACAGUCCUUUUGCUAUGUCUAAAGCGAUUCCAGCUCUUUGCUUCCAAUUCGGUUUUAAGUUUCCGAACGCAAAUUUUGCCAAUGUCCCAUUUUGCAGGUACUCAUACACCAGCAAACGAUUCUGUCCAUCGUUGCAGUAGCCAAGUAACCGAACAAGAUUCUUGUGAUGUGUUUGAGCUAUUGCAUUUACUUCAUUCUUAAACUCUUUCUCAGUUUCAGGUACCACAAAAUUUAGCUUCUUCACUGCUAUUACAAUGACACUUGAAUCCAUAUCCAACAUCCCUUUAUAAACAGUUCCGAAAGCUCCUCUUCCCAACUCUUCGCUAAACACUUUUGUGGCUUCCUCGAGCUCUUGAUAAGCAAAGCUACGCAAAUUAAAGUCAGGUAUGUUUUUCGGGGAUGAAAUCUUUUUACUUCUAAGACUCUUCUUUUUGCGUAUGAAGAAGACUCCUGCACAAAUUGUGGCUGUCAACAAAAUAUUAACGAAAGCCGAAGUACCCAAAAGAGCUGCACCAACUCUGAUCGACGAGUCUUGGUUUUUCCUCUUCUCUUGUUUUACAUAAGGAAUCCUAGGUACAGUGAUACUGAUAUUGUCUUUACGAACUUUGAUAAACACCCUCGAGUUAAGACUCUGGUCGACCUUGCCAUUCGAGAGAGGGAGCUUCUUCUUCCAACAUGAUCCGUCUCUAGAGAUAGCAACAGCACACAAACAAUCUUUCAAGCAAGAAUCUCUACAAUCAUCCCCAUUAAAAGGCUUCAGUGCAACAUAAUCUGAUAAGGGCCAAUCUACAUUGCGCAGCUCCUCAACAUCAUAGAGAUCUUCUAUGUCGGGAGUAAGCUCGUCUUCAGCGCAGCCUUGUAUGAAAUCGGGUUUGCAGCUUCCAUAUUCGUCAUUGGGAUCAAUAAAAGAGUACUUUCUUGGGCAUUGACAUGUUGGUCUUGAAUCUUCAUUGAGAGUACAAAUACUAUUGUAUCCACAAACACCGACACCGGGGACAACAGGGUUGUAGCAUAUGUUUUCGGGUAUGGACCGAAGAACAAUCCAUUUCCCAUCACCAUUGGAUGUCUUGGGAUGAUAAUAUUGUGUGAAAAGACCAUCAAAGUCAAGAGUAGCUCUUAUAUAGUUGUCCCUUGCUGAGACCAUGUUCUCACUAGCUAGACUUAAUCUUUCAUUAUUUGCUCUCAAAACAUAUAGAUUGCCUGAUCAUGAUACAUGUAUAAACAAUGUUAGAUUUCAUAUAUGUAUAAUUUAAUAACUA